GGGAGGGGGCUGUUGGCGCCGCCGCGCAGGACAGGGGAGGUUCAGCGGGACUACGUGGGGCCUUUGGGUGUCUGAAACCAGACAGGAAUGAGUUUAAGUAUUUUCAGAGAAUGACCACGACAACUACUGUAGAAGGUCUGGCAUGAUGAGCAGUGGCUGCAGAACUUUGGGAUGCAGAAAGCCACCUUCCAGGAACUGUGUGCGGCACAAGGACAUCAAAAUGAGAGCCGCUUUCUUGGUGGAGAAGUUCAAGGCGAUCACUGUGUGGAAGUUGGCAGCUCCAGACUGCUAUUGGUAAACAGAAUGUGGUGAUAAUGGGUAAGAGGACCUGGUUCUCAAUUCCUGAGAAGGAUCGUCCCUUAAAAGACAGAAUUAAUAUAGUGCUUAGCAGAGAGCUCAGGGAACCCCCAAAAGGAGCACAUUAUCUUGCCAAAAGUCUGGAUGAUGCUUUAGUUCUUCUGGACUCACCAGAGUUAAAAAGUAAGAUAGACAUGGUUUGGAUCAUCGGAGGUAGUUCCAUUUAUAAGGCAGCAAUGGAGAAGCCAGUUCACCAGCGAUUGUUUGUGACAAGAAUUUUGCGUGAGUUUGAAAGUGACACAUUUUUUCCAGAAAUUGAUUUGGAGAAAUACAAACAGCUCCCAGAAUAUCCAGGAGUCCCUGCUGAUGUCCAGGAAGAGAAUGGCAUCCAGUACAAAUAUGAAGUGUAUGAAAAAACUGUUUAGACAUAGUUAAUGUGAGGUUUAUUGCACUAAUGCAUAGUGUCAACAUAUAUUAAAAGUUUCAUUAUUUAUA